AUGAAGCUGUGCACAGGAAUUGUUUUCUGCUCCUUAGUCCUGGGAGUCAGCAAUGAAAGCUGGUAUUCAUUCUUCAAGGAGGCUAUCCAAGGGACUGCGGACUUGUGGAGAGCCUAUUGGGACAUGAGAGAAGCCAAUCACCAAAAUUCAGAGAGAUACUUCCAUGCCCGGGGGAACUAUGAUGCUGCUCAAAGGGGACCUGGGGGUAUCUGGGCUGCUAAAGUGAUAAGCACUGCUGGCAAGUAUUUUCGGGGGCUCCUAAAUCAGUAUUAUUAUGGAGGCGGCCACCGUGGAUGGGAGAACAUUCAAGCCAACCGGAAGGCUGAAGAGUGGGGCCGAAGUGGCAAAGAUCCCAAACACUUCAGACCUUCCGACCUGCCUGAGAAGUUCUGA